AUGAAGAUGACUCGUUGUAUGUCCCCUCAGCGUGCGAAACAAGUGCAGAGGACGUCAGUUAAAAUCUCGACAACGUGUUCCGAUGACCAUGUUAGAUCGUGGGAGAGCCAGCCAACGGCAAAGAAAACAUCAGUUGGAAACCUGAUGGUGGCUGGAGGGAUACUGUUCUCUGGCCUGAGCCCAAGCAAGACAUUGAGGUUUCUGACCUCCAUCGGAGUGGCAACAUACUGCACGAGAACAUUCUUCAGAUAUCAGACGGAUCUUCUGUUGCCUGCUGUGCAACAAGUUUGGAAUGAAGCACAAAAAGACCUUCUGGAGAAGAUUGAGCUUCCGGUUGCACUUGCCGGUGAUGGGCGCGCCGAUUCACCAGGAUUUUCGGCAAAAUAUGGAACUUACACGUUGCUGGACAUGAGAACAAACAAAAUAUUACACGUGGAGUUGGUCCAAUCAAACGAAGUUGGGGGCAGUGCCCGCAUGGAGCUCGAAGGCCUUGUACGGUCCAUACGGCACCUUGAAGGAUGGGGAGUAUCCAUCUCCACGUUGGUCACUGACAGGCAUUCGCAGAUAAGGAAGUACCUGAGGGAACAACAUCCGGAUAUUAAGCAUCUAUUUGACUGCUGGCACGUUGCAAAAGGGAUCAAAAAAAAGCUGAUGGCUGCGAGCCACCGCAAAGGUUUUGAGAGAAUUGGCUUGUGGACAAAAAGUAUCACCAGACAUCUGUACCACUGUGCAGCCACUAGUGGAGGAGAUGGAGAAUUGAUGCAGGCAAAGUGGUUGUCAAUGCUGAAUCACAUCGGUGACGUACACACUGGCCACAGUGAGGUCUUCCCAGCCUGCGAGCAUGGCCCCCUUGAGCGUAGAAAAUGGAUUACACAAGGAACUGAUGCCCACGAUCGGCUGGCCACUAUUCUGGCAUCAAAGUCUUUUUUAAAAGAUGUCAAGCAGCUGUCGUCAGAGGGUCAAACGUUUAGCGUCGAGACGUUUCAUUCGACAUUGAUUCAGUUUGCCCCCAAGUCUGUGGCCUACUCGUACACCAUCAUGGCUGCAAGGACCUUCAUAGCAGCACUGCAUUACAAUGAAAAUUCAAACAGAAAGCAGCGAAAAACAAAAGAUGGACAACCACAGUGGAAAAGAAAAUAUCCGAAGGCGCAAGGUGGAGAACCAGUGGUCCAAGAACUCAUGGAGGAUGCCACAUACAACUACAUUGACCGGUUGUUGGAGACGGUCCUGCAGUUAGAGCGGCAGCCGACUGCCCACUGCUCAACAUCACGUCCUGUGCCUCCCCCACUCAGCCAGAGCCAACCACAUGUUCCUACCCAAGAACUUGUUAGGAAGCAUCGCCAGAGAUUCAGCCUUCCUUGAGAGCUAACUAUCCAACUGCUUGUAAGAUACAAAAGAAAUUCGUUGUAGCCCAUAGC